AUGCGCUCUCGCCUGCUCCGAUGGCCGGCUGAUACAAACCACGACGCCAUCCGUCUCGCAAAGCACCAAUCCACAUUCCACCGCCGCCACAACAUCCCCGCGCUCCAAAACGACGUGAGCAGAACUGCAGAGAGCCAAAAUAUAGUCGGUGUAGAGCCGCGAUUAAUUAGCGGGUGGCCUCGUCGCCAGCUCCCUGUGCACCAUUCACCCGAUUGCACAACACAACACGAGCCUUCCGCUCGUUCUAGUGCGACGACAACAGCAGCGGAGAGCCCACAAGCCAGCGGAGAGGCUGUGGACUAUGGUUAG